UUAACCGAUGAGGAUUCUGAUUGGCUAAACCAAUUUCAUAAGAAAUUAACUUUGCAACACCAAAUCCUGAAGUUUCGUAAAGAAAUGAUCAUCUUUUCAUAUUCUAACCUUGCUCACGUGAAUUCUGAAGGUAUUUUUAAAGUUCCUCCUAGUGAAACUUGGUGGAACUAA